CGCUCAAACUGGAAUGAAUCCAAGCAGAUGUUCGAGUUCCCGUCGAAAGAGCAACUCCAGCAAUACCGUGUCAUUGCAACCACGCUGAUUACAGCUGGAAGGUUGGCCUCUGCAAAGUUCCCUUAUGGUCAUUUUUCGCAUGUGUUCAUCGAUGAGGCUGGGAAUGCUGUUGAGCCUGAGUGUGUCAUUGCUAUUGCAGGAUUGCUGGAUGUGAUGGAUUUAGAAAGGAACAAGGAUGGUGGACUGCUGGUUCUGACUGGAGAUCCAAAGCAACUGGGACCAGUGCUGAGGUCCCCCAUUGCCAUCAAACAUGGUCUGGAUUUGUCUUUCCUGGAAAGGUUAAUGAGUGGGAAUACCCUUUACAAGAAGAACCCAAGCACUGGCUGCUACAAUGAACGUUUUGUAACAAAACUUCUGCAUAAUUACAGGUGGGUUCUGUGAGAUCCCAGCCUCUCGUGAGUCUA